CUCUUCCCCUAAGCCUGAGGGGGAGGUAUGGGGGCGCCCAUGCCAUCUGACAUCUGCAGGCCCUGACGGAUACACUCCAGAUCUGCUUUGCUGAGGCAUGGAGGCGAAAGAUGUCUCAGAGGCUGAAGACAGAGCUGAGGAUCCAGGUUCUAAAAAUAAAGGCCAGCCUGAUGCUGCACAACCUGAUUUCCCACCAGGAGGGCAGACCCCUGGCCCCACUGCCCUCUGGGAGAUGCUAGAAAGGAAAUUUCUGGAAUACCAGCAGUUGGCUCCCAGGAGCCCGGCUGAGCAACAGAAGAGCCUGUUGAAUCUCCUCCCACUGUUCCUAAAGGCCUGGGAACACUCCGUGGGGAUCAUCUGCUUUCCCAGUCUUCAAAGGCUGGCUGAAGAUGUUUCCAACCAGUUUGCCCAAGAAAUACAGAAGGCACUUGUGGGAAAGCCUGCAGAGCAAGCACGGGUAGCAGCUGGGAAGCUGCUGCGAUGGAAGGGAGAUGUGGACGUGGAUCAGGAUGGUUACCUACUCCUGAAGUCGGUGUACGUGCUCACGGGGACAGAUUCCGAGACGCUGGGCAGAGUUGCUGAAUCUGGGCUCCCAGCCCUGCUCCUCCAGUGCCUUUACCUGUUCUUUGUUUUUCCUCUGGAAAACGAUGAGCUUUUGGAGAGUGAUGUUCAAGUUCAGAGGAUGUUUGUGCAGAUGUUGCUCAACAUUUGCGGUGAGGCUCAGGGUCUGGAGGGACUUCUCUCAGGAAAUGAGCUCCAGUCUCUCAUGAUUGCCACGACAUGUCUUCGGGAGCACAGCUGCUACUUUUGGAAGGAGCCCACCUUCUGUGUGCUGAAGACCAUCUCCAAGGCCCAGAACGUCGGCGUCAUCCAAUACCUACAGGCCAUGGAUUGCAUCAAGAUUUCCCUCCAAAACCUCUCCAGGCUCGUUGACACCCUCCCCGCUCCUGAGGUGAGCGAGGUAGUGAGCCUCGUCUUGGGCUUUGUGAAGGACUCCUAUCCCAUCUCCUCAGCUCUGUUCCUGGAGUUUGAGACUGGGGAGGGCUACCCUCUGCUGCUCAAAGUGUUACUUCGGUACGACGGACUGACCCAGAGUGAGGUUGACCCCCACCUGGAGGAGCUUCUCGGGCUGGUGGUAUGGCUGACAACCUGUGGGAGGUCAGAGCUGAAGGUGUUCGACAGCAUCACUUACCCGCAGCUGGAAGGCUUCAAGUUCCAUCACGAGGCUUCUGGGGUGACUGUGAAGAAUCUUCAGGCCUUUCAAGUCCUGCAGAAUGUUUUCCACAAAGUCAGCGACCCCAUCCUCUGCACCAAAGUCCUGUCAUCCAUUAGGACCAUGUGGACCUGGAACGCCCGCAACUUCUUCCUGCUGGAGUGGACCCUGCAGCCCAUCUCGCAGUUUGUGGAGAUCGUGCCCCUGAAGCCGACCCUGGUGCAGAGGCACUUCUUCCAAAUGCUGGAGGCCCUGGUGUUUGAGCUGCGUUACGUGCCCCAUGAGAUCCUGCGGAAGGUGCAGCGCCUGAUCCAGGAGAGCCCGGAGUCGCUCUGUACCCUCGUGGCCCUGCAGAGCAUCCUCAGGAUUGCUGGUGGUGACCCGCUCUUCACUGACAUCUUCCGGGACUCGGGGCUUCUGGGUCUGCUGCUGGCCCAGCUGCGGAAGCAGGCCAAGAUCCUCAGGAAGUCAGGAAACAAAGAGUUCAAUCCUGGAGUUCAAGAUACAGAAAGAGAACUGACUUGUGUGAUGCUGAAAACUGUGGUCACGCUUCUAAAAGGGUCAGUUAGGAAUGCAGUUGUCCUGAAAGACCAUGGCAUGGUCCCCUUCAUCAAGAUCUUCCUGGAUGAUGAGUGCUACCGGGGAGCCUCACUCAGCAUCUUGGAGCAGCUCUCAGUCAUCAACGCCGAGGAGUACAUGAGCAUCACUGUGGGCGCUUUGUGCUCGUCCACUCAAGGGGAAAUACAGCUGAAACUGGAUCUCCUGAAGUCUCUGCUCCGGAUCCUGGAGACCCCCAAAGGCCGCGCUGCUUUCAGAGUCUCCAGUGGGUUCAACGGGCUGCUGUCCCUUCUCUCUGACCUGGAGGGGUCUCUCCAGGAGCCCCCACUGCAGACGUCGGGGGCAGUGUCCCCCAGCCAGACCCUGGACCUUGUCCUGCACACCCUCUGUGCUUUGUCUGCUGCACUGUACCUGGACCCUGUCAACGGUGACUUCUUUAGGAGGACCGGGCUCUUUGAGAAGCUGGCCGAGGACCUCUGCUUGCUGGGCUGUUUUGGGGCCCUGGAGGAAGAGGACGCCCCUCCGCCCUCCUGUGAGGACACAAAGGCCAGGCCAUUUGCUGACCUGCUGAGUGCAGCCUUCUCCUCUGCCAGCCUGCUCCCACCCAAGAUCCAGAGCUGCCUGCAGAUCCUCAGCUUUCUGGACAGCAUGGCCCGAGGCACCCUCCACCUGCGCAGGGACCUGAAGGAUGCCCCGAGGACCAGGCAGGAGCUAGUGGUGGACCCUCAGAGGGCAGAACCUGGCUGUGACUCCCAGGGAAACUUCAAGCAGUGGCCAGACGCGGAAGAGAGCAGGACAGAUGACAGUGAUGCUGUGAUCAUGCACCCCGGGGUCCUGUGCAUCAUGGUGAGGCUGCUGCCUCGCUUGUACCACGAAGAUCACCCUCAGCUUUCCAGGGAGAUCCAGUGCUCCAUGGCCAGUCACAUCCAGUCCCUGGUGAAGUCGGAGAAGAACCGUCAGGUCAUGUGUGAGGCGGGGAUGCUCAGGACCCUCAUGACUUCUUGCCACAAGGCCCUGACCACCAGCAGCAGCCCCUUGCACUCAGGCCUCAUCAGGAUUUUUGAAAAGCUUGCCUCCCAAGCCAUCGAACCAGACGUGUUAAGACAGUUUCUAGGCCUUGGAAUUGCUUCACCUCCAUUGGCUGCAAUGAAAAAGCUCAGUUCAUCUCAUGUGCAUGGAGGGGACUCUGGAUGCCCAGGGUCACAGGCAGCGAUGCCAGUGCCUGCUGAGGGUUCUGCAGUGGCCCCCAGGGAUGCCAGCCCUCACUCAGCAAGCACACAGGCCCUCAGGCCCAUGGGGCCAUCCCAGAGCUCGACCAUCACCCUUCAGACGGCACUGAGCCUCAUCUCCAUGACCUCCCCCCGCAACCUGCAGCCUCAGAGGGCGGCCCUGGCUCCAUCCUUCGUGGAAUUCGACAUGUCCGUGGAAGGUUACGGGUAUUGGGCUCAAGCCACCGUGAGUCUAGACAGGCUUGCACAGCAGGACGAAGCCUCAGGGCGUGCUUGUGUUCUGACCCCAGGUGCUGCCAGGUCCUUCCCUCCGCCUGGGGGCCUGACCUUCUCCUGCUGGUUCCUGAUCGCCAGGCACAGCGCAGCCACGGAGGGCCAUCCACUGCGCUUCCUGACCCUGGUGCGCCACCUGGCCAGGACCGAGCAGCCCUUCAUCUGCUUCUCUGUCAGCCUCUGCCCGGAAGACCUCUCCUUGGUUGUGUCUACAGAAGAGAAAGAGUUUCAGCCCCUGGAUGUCAUGGAACCAGAGGAUGACCCUGAGCCCUCUGCGGGACGCCAGCUUCGGGUCAGGUGUGGCCAGCUGCUGGCUUGUGGUCAGUGGCAUCACCUGGCUGUGGUUGUCACCAAGGAAAUGAAAAGGAAUUGUACAGUUUUCACCUAUCUGGAUGGACAGGUCAUCGGCUCGGCUAAGAUGUUGUACAUUCAGGCCUUACCAGGACCAUUCCUUUCAAUGGAUCCAUCCUCAUUUGUGGAUGUUUAUGGAUAUAUUGCUACCCCUCGAGUUUGGAAACAAAAGUCGUUACUAAUAUGGCGUCUGGGCCCCACCUACUUCUUUGAAGAAGCCAUCUCAAUGGAAACCCUGGAAGUUAUUAACAAACUUGGCCCAAGAUACUGUGGUAACUUCCAGGCUGUGCAUGUCCAAGGAGAGGAUCCUGGUGUGGAAGUGACACCCCUGGUUGCAGAGGAAAAGCUUUCCUUUGGCCUUCACAUAGCCAGCUCCUCCGUCACCAGUGUCGCAGACAUCAGAAGCACAUACAACGAGGUGGACAGCCGUCUGAUUGCCAAAGAGAUGAACAUUUCAUCCCGUGACAGUGCUGUGCCUGUCUUCUUGCUAAGAAAUUGUGCUGGUCACCUCUCAGGUUCUCUUCGAACCAUUGGAGCUGUUGCUGUGGGCCAAUUAGGGGUAAGGGUGUUCCACUCCAGCCCUGCUGCCAGCAGCCUGGACUUCAUUGGCGGGCCUGCCAUCCUCCUGGGCCUCAUUUCCUUAGCAACAGAUGACCACAGCAUGUACGCGGCUGUGAAAGUCCUGCACUUGGUUCUGACCAGCAAUGUCAUGUGUGACCGCCUGAUGCAGCACAUCUGUGGGUACCAGAUAAUGGCUUUUCUCCUGAGGAAAAAGACCUCUUUCCUAAACCAUCGCAUUUUUCAGCUGAUCCUGUCUAUCACUGGCACUGCAGAACUGGGCUUUGGGUCCUCUGUAAUCACCAACGUUGGUGUCUUUCAACACAUCCUCUGCAAUUUCGAGCUCUGGAUGAAUGCUGCUGACAAUUUGGAGGUCUCUCUCUUUUCCCAUCUAGUGGAAAUCCUUCAGUCAACGAGGGAAGGACCCCGGAAUGCUGAAGUUGCUCACCAGGCACAGCUUAUUCCCAAGCUCGUCUUCCUCUUCAACGAGCCAGGCCUCACCCCCUCCAAGAUGUCCACCAUCAUUGCCAUCCUGGGCUGUCAGCUGAGGGGCCACUUCAGCCUCCAGGACUUGCUCAGAAUUGGGCUGUUUGUGGUGUACACCCUCAAGCCUUCGUCGGUGAACGAGAAGCAGAUCUGUGUGGACGGAGCCCCGGACCCUUCCCUGCCCGCUGGAAGCCAAACAUCUGGAAAGACAAUCUGGCUCAGAAACCAGUUGCUGGAGAUGCUGCUCAGUGUAAUAUCUUCUUCCCAACUUCAUCUGUCCUCUGAGACAAAGGAAGAGAUGUUUCUGAACCUGGGGUCCGACUGGUUCCUGCUCUUCGUGCAGGGCCAUGUGCACCCCAGCACAGUGGUGCUGGGCUUGAAGCUGCUGCUGCACUUUUUGUCAAGCCCCUCCCUCCGAGGGCGAUUUAAAGAUGGCCUGCCUGCAGGUUCCUGGGUGGAACGGAGCUCUGAGGGCAUGGACAUCGUUAUGGAUAACCUGAAGAGCCAUCCUGCAACGCCUGACCAAAGCCCCUGCCUGCUUCCUGGGUUCCGGGUCUUGAGUGACUUUUUGGCCUACCAUGUUCAUAUUCCAGAAGUCUACCUCAUCGUGUCCACCUUCUUCCUACAGACACCACUUACAGAGCUGGUGGAUGGGCCCAAGGACAGCCUGGAUGCCAUGCUUCAGUGGCUCUUGCAUAAACACCACAGGGAAGAAGUCCUCCGGGCAGGGCUGUGUGCUGAAGGCGCCCUGCUGCUCCUAGAGAUGCUGAAAGCCACCAUGAACCAGCCCUCGACAGGUUCUGGAGAUAGUGCCUGGGAACGGACAUUCCCGACCAGUGUGUUGCAGUUCCUUGGCCUUGUGCACGGCACCUACCCCCAGGAUCCAGCCUGGCGGGCCCCGGAGUUCCUCCAGACCUUGGCUGCAGUCACCUUCCCCCUGGGAACCCAGAAGGGGGCCAUGACUGAGUCUGCCCAGAACCCCAGCAGUCCCGAGGCUGAGGCUGAAGGUGACACCACCGCAGAGGGUCUACAGGCUCCUGCCGAGUCACAUCCCACCCGGAAGCAGCUGAAGGAAUUCAUGCAGCUACUCUUGAGGGAGUUCUUGCUUGGGGCUCCAAACCCAAAGCAGUGGAUGCCCCUGGAGGUGCUUCUCGAGGCUUCUCCAGACAAUGCCACCAGUCAACAGAAGCGGGACUUUCAGUCUGAGAUCUUGCUUUCCACCAUGGAAAUAUUUCACUUGAUGAGUGGAGGUCAUGCAUCGAUGCUGAGAGGCAGUAGAGAGCCUCAGCUGAAUGCAGAAACUGCUGCUGCUCCUUCACUUGCCAACAUCUCCCACUUCAUCCAGAAGCUGGUGGAGAAGCUGUACAGUGGAAUGUUCUCAGCAGACCCCAGACACAUCCUUCUCUUUAUCACGGAGCACAUCAUGGUGGUCAUCGAGAACGCCUCUUCUCAGAAGGACACUGUCAUCAGUGCUCUGUACAGCAGUUUAAAUAAAGUUAUUCUUUAUAGCCUCUCCAAGCCCCACCAGUCCCUCUCCGAAUGCCUCAGCCUCCUCAGCAUCCUGGGCUUUCUUCAGGAACACUGGGACAUUGUGUUUGCCACCUAUAAUUCCAACGCCAGCUUCCUCAUGUGCCUCAUGCACUGUCUUCUGCUGCUCAGUGCUAGAAGUUAUCCAGAAGGAUUUGGAUUGGAACCCAAGCCUAGAAUGACUCCUUAUCAUCAAGUCUUUCUUUCUCCAAAUGAAGAAACAAGAGAAAAAAGAGGGGAAGAAUUCCCAAGCUUGAGCGAUGUUCAGCACAACAUCCAGAAGACUGUACGAACUCUCUGGCAGCAGCUCGUGGCACAGAGGCGGCAGGAACUGGAGGAUACCUUCAAGAUUGAUCUUUCUGUGAAACCUGGAGAGAGUGAAGUGAAGAUUGAGGAGAUCACCCCACUCUGGGAAGAGACAAUGCUCAAGGCCUGGCAGCAUUACCUAGCAUCUGAAAAGAAGUCAUUGGCCAGUCGCUCAAACGUUGGAUACCAUGGCAAAGUUUCUUCGUGGAGUGGAAGCUUGUCCUCAGCCAUGAGGCUGAUGCCUGGGCGGCAGACCAAGGACCCUGAGUGCAAAGCAGAGGACUUUUUGUCAUGUAUUGAGAACUACAGACGAAGAGGACAAGAACUAUAUGCAUCUCUAUACAAAGAUCAUGUACAGAGACGGAGAUGUGGCAACAUCAAGGCAGCCAAUGCGUGGACCAGAAUCCAGGAGCAGCUUUUUGGGGAGCUGGGCUUGUGGUAUCAGAUGGCAGAAGCCACACCCUGCUCCCAGUGGGAACUGGAUUGGAGAGAAGGACCAGCUCGUAUGCGGAAACGCAUCAGACGCUUAUCUCCACUGGAGGCCCCGAAUCAAGAAAUGCUCAAGGAAAGCCAAAAUAGAAAUGGCAGUGUUUCUCAAAUGAACACUGAAAACCAAGAUGAGCUGACACUGAAGGAAGGCGAGAGCGAGAGAGACGAGGUGGUGGACUGCACCCAGCUGACCUUCUUCCCCGCCUUGCGUGAAAGCCUGCACUCUGAAGAUUUCUUAGAACUAUGUCUGGAAAGACAAGUCAUCUUACAAGAGCUUCUUGACCAUGAAAAGGUGACGCAGAAGUACUCCCUGGUCAUCGUGCAGGGCCACCUGGUCUGCGAAGGGCUCCUGCUCUUCGGCCAGCAGCACUUCUACAUCUGCGAGAACUUCACGCUCUCUCCCGUGGGUGAUGUCUACUGCACCCGCCACUGCUUGUCCAACAUUAGCGACCCAUUCAUCUUCAACAUGUGCAGCAAAGACAGGUCCUCUGACCAUUACUCGUGCCAGCGCCACAGCUACGGUGAUCUCAGGGAGCUCCGACAGGCACGCUUCCUCCUGCAGGACAUUGCCCUGGAGAUCUUUUUCCAAAACGGAUAUUCCAAGUUUCUUGUCUUCCACAACAGUGAUCGAAGUAAAGUCUUCAAAAGCUUCUGCUCCUUCCAACCCAGCUUGAAAGGAAAAGGCUUCACGGAGGACGCGCUCAAUCUAAGGAGGUACCCCAGCUCCGACAAGACCAUGCUGCAGAAGUGGCAGAAAAGAGACAUCAGCAACUUCGAGUAUCUCAUGUACCUCAACACCCUGGCUGGGAGGACCUACAAUGACUACAUGCAGUAUCCAGUGUUCCCCUGGGUCCUGGCCGACUACACCUCACAGACAUUGAACCUGAUGAAUCCCAAGACUUUCCGUGAUCUUUCUAAGCCCAUGGGAGCUCAGACCAAGGAAAGGAAGCUGAAAUUCAUCCAGAGGUUUAAAGAGGUUGAGAAGACUGAAGGAGACAUGACCGUCCAGUGCCACUACUGCACUCACUAUUCCUCAGCCAUCAUUGUCGCCUCCUAUCUGGUCCGGAUGCCACCCUUCACCCAGGCCUUCUGCUCUCUGCAGGGCGGAAGCUUCGAUGUGGCAGAUAGAAUGUUCCACAGUGUGAAGAACGCAUGGGAAUCGGCCUCCAAAGAGAACAUGAGUGAUGUCAGAGAGCUGACCCCGGAGUUCUUCUACCUGCCUGAGUUCCUGACCAACUGCAAUGCCCUGGAGUUUGGCUGCAUGCAGGACGGAACAACACUGGGGGAUGUUCAACUCCCUCCCUGGGCUGAUGGAGACCCCCGGAAAUUCAUCAGCCUGCACAGACAAGCUUUGGAAAGUGAUUUUGUCAGUGCCAACCUGCACCACUGGAUAGACCUCAUUUUUGGGUACAAGCAGCAGGGGUCAGCCGCAGUGGAGGCUGUUAAUACCUUCCAUCCCUACUUCUAUGGUGACAAAAUGGACCUCAGCAGCAUCAGCGACCCCCUCAUCAGAAGUACCAUCCUGGGGUUCGUCAGCAACUUUGGACAGGUGCCCAAACAGCUUUUUACUAAACCCCAUCCAUCCAGGACUGCUGCAGGGAAGCCUUCCCCUGGGAAGGACGUCUCCACACCUGCCAGCCUGCCUGGGCACCCACAGCCCUUUUUCUACAGCCUGCAGUCACUGAGGCCCUCCCAGGUCACAGUCAAAGAUAUGUACCUCUUCUCUCUAGGCUCGGAAUCCCCCAAAGGAGCCAUCGGCCACAUCGUUCCUACGGAGAAGACCAUCCUGGCCGUGGAGACAAACAAGAUGCUGCUGCCUCCACACUGGAGCAGGACCUUCAGCUGGGGCUUUGAUGACUUCAGCUGCUGCCUGGGCAACUACGGCUCUGACAAGAUCUUGGUGACGUUCGAGAACCUGGCCGCCUGGGGCCGCUGUCUGUGUGCCGUGUGCCCGUCCCCCACGACCAUCAUCACCUCUGGGACCAGCGCUGUGGUGUGUGUUUGGGAGCUCAGCAUGACCAAAGGCCGGGCCACAGGCCUGCGCCUCAAGCAGGCCUUGUACGGACACACGCAGGCUGUCACAUGCCUGGCGGCGUCAGUCACCUUCAACCUCCUGGUGAGUGGCUCGCAAGACUGCAGAUGCAUCCUGUGGGACCUGGACCACCUCACCCAUGUUGCCUGCCUGCCUGCCCACAGGGAGGGCGUAUCUGCUGUUGCCAUCAGUGACGUCUCGGGCACCAUUGUCUCCUGUGCGGGAGCCCACUUGUCCCUGUGGGAUGUCAACGGACAACCACUGGCCAGCAUUACCACGGCCUGGGGCCCAGAAGGAGCCAUAACCUGCUGCUACGUGGUGGAGGGGCCAGCGUGGGACACAAGCCACGUCAUCAUCACUGGAAGUCAGGAUGGCAUGGUCCGGAUCUGGAAGACUGAAGAUGUGAAGAUGUCUGUUCCCGGGCAGGCAGCGCCAGAGGAGCCCUGGGCUCCAUCAUCUCCAAGCCCCAGAGUUCACCGAUGGGAGAAGAAUCUUGCCCUUUGCAGAGAACUGGAUGUCAGCGUGGCUUUGACAGGGAAACCCAGCAAGGCCAACUCUGCUGUGACAGCUCUGGCCGUGUCCAGAAACCAAACCAAACUCCUGGUCGGUGAUGAGAAGGGAAGAAUAUUCUGCUGGUCCGCGGAGGGGUAGGAGGCGGCAGCCGGUGGAGGCUCUGGCACGGCGGCCAUGUGACCCAGCGGGCAGCAGGACUCAGGGCUCAGACGCAGCACCUGGGAUGCAAAAGAAACCCCCAGGACCUCCCUUCCAACAGGUCUGAAGAGGAGGCCACAGGCCGCUGGAGCUCCAUACCCUGAACUUUGGCCUUGGAUUACACAAGGAUGUGAAUCAAUAAAACAGAUACACAUGUGCAUCGGGACCCGUAAGCAGCCUGCUGGAGACUGUGGCUCACGGGUGCCAACCAGCACUCGCAAUUACACAACUCACCUUUCAAAGGGCUUAUUGAACUGAAAAAACAUUGGGCUGCUUCCUGGAAACUAGUGGGAAAUAUGGUAUUGUUAUUUUAUUAAAACAACUAUUUUCCAAAUA